UCACAGCACUGUAGGGCGGGACUAGGCGGAAGGCGAUUUUGAACUAUAUGAGCACAUUCCGCGUUUAUACAUCAAUGGGUACAAUCUGUUUCAGCAACGUUAAUGAAUGAAGUUGAAGUCAAAUAAGAUAUCGCACAAUUUAAGCACACGUUUCCACACAGAGAAACUGAGUGACUGAGACGUUAUUUUGUGGACAGUACAGUACAAGAACAUCAUCUUAUUUGAGUUCAUAGACCAGGACAGAGAUGGCUGGAAUUCUGUUUGAGGAUAUCUUUGAUGUAAAGGACAUCGAUCCCGAUGGCAAGAAGUUUGACAGAGUAUCUCGUCUACAUUGUGAAAGUGAAUCUUUUAAGAUGGACCUCAUCUUGGAUGUGAACAUUCAAAUCUAUCCGGUCGAUCUUGGUGACAAGUUCAGACUGGUCAUUGCCAGCACAUUAUAUGAAGAUGGAACGCCAGACGACGGAGAGUACAAUCCUCAGGAUGACCGGCCAUCCAGAGCGGACCAGUUUGAUUAUGUGAUGUAUGGGAAGGUUUACAAGAUCGAGGGCGACGAGACAUCAACAGAAGCAGCCACACGCCUCUCUGCCUAUGUGUCUUACGGCGGCCUCCUCAUGAGGCUGCAGGGAGACGCCAACAACCUUCACGGCUUUGAGGUGGACUCCAGGGUCUACCUCCUCAUGAAGAAACUGGCCUUCUAAAACACAUCCUCUGCUCACUUACUUAGCCUGGUUCUUCCACUGCCACUGUCAACUUUAAAGUCAUAAUGAACUGCAUACUGAAAACAUUCGUAUUCUCAACACUGGAGCACAUGACCAUCAUCCAAGAGCAGCUCACAGACAGAACGCAUGGAGGCUGAAGAUAUUUACUUUUUUACUUUUGUAGUUACAAAAUGUUUCCUCCAUGGAAAUGGACUACAGAUUAAAGACUGACACGUAGGAACCGAUGCAACCUCCAUCUGCUGGUAAACUGUAAAUAAAGAUUUCUUUUAUACAAAAUGA